AUGGCAUCCGCGCUCACGCACCAGCGCGAGGCAGCCUUGGCAAGGGCUGUCUCCCAAAUGCGCUCAGCCGCUGCGGAGGUGCAGAAGGCCUGCGCGCAACUGUCAGCGUGCGAGGCCGCCUGGCUUGCGGCCUACGAGGCCGCGCUGCGGACCGCCGAGGAUGAGAUGGAAGCAGCUGCAGUGCGCAAGGCCGCAGCAGACCUCAAGUCCCAGCCGGGCGUGUGGCACAACACCUUGUGGACGUUCCAUCAUGAGGCCGAGGACUCCGAGGGCCCGCUGGACCCGUCUUGUCCCAAGGCAGAACACCGGCAGCCAGACGGUCAUGGUGACCACCAUGGUCACGACGACGAGUUCCACACAGCGAAGCAUCAGCUCGAGCAUCGAUGGAUUGAGAAGACGGCGUUCAGCGCCGCGGAGCGUGUGGUGGAACGUAUGACCGAGCGCAUCACCGAGAGCAUGGGCGAGCGAGUCGGGGAGCGCCUCGCAGAGAGGGGCGUUGAGCGGCUUGCAGAGCGGGGGGCAGAACGGCUUGCAGAGCGUGGUAUGGAGCGGCUGGCAGAGCGUGGGGUGGAGCGGCUGGCAGAGCGAGGGGCAGAGAGGCUUGCGGAAAGAGGUGCUGAACUCGCGCUGGAGCGUGCAGGGGCCGGGGCUGUAAGGCAUAUCCUUGGCAGGACCAUUGGAGAGUCAUUGAGAAUGGGCGAGCAUGCGGCCAUGCAUGCUCUGAAAGCCUUGCGUGUCAUCGUCCCGUUCGUCGGCAUGCUCUUUGUCAUUCACCUUGCGGAGCAUGACUGGCAUCGUCUCAUGCAGGAGUGGAAGGCCCGGCGUGCUCUGUCGCUGCUUUUCUUUUUCUUCGCAGUGCUGGGCGACAUCGCAGACAUCCUAUGCCACGUCUGCGUCAUUGCCUCCGGCAUCUUACAUGUGGACCACCACGCGCUGCACAUGAUUGAGUAUUACGGAAUGGGAAGUGCCAUCGUGGCAUGCCUCUCCGUGGUCGCUGCAGAGAUCCUGUCCGCACGCGCCAUGCGACGAGCUCUGAAGGCAGCAUCUGUCACGAAGCUGGUGCCUGUCCGCCCGGCCAUGGAGACGGCGUAG